CCUUCCUGUGCUGUUUGUUUGCGGUCAGUUGAUCCGGAGCGGAAAUUCCUUUCCGUUUUUGUGAAUGACAAACUUAUUAACAAUUCAGCGGCGCAGGCCCCGGUUUCCAUCCGGCCCCCGUUGCCAAGGCGACGGCGCGCUCCGAGCCCUGCGAUUGGUCGGCGCGCGAUAAUGUCGGCAUUGAAACGCCGCGCCCUCGCUUCCAUUCAGUAACACACACACACACACUCUCUCUCUAUCUCUCUCACUCACACACACACUCGCAGAGACACAGAGAGACACGGACAGAGACAGAGAGUAGAUCACAGAAGAAAAGAAGCCUCGCUUUGGAGGAACAGGACGCCGCGGUGAAUCUGUACUGGAGGGUUUUCUUCUUCUUCUUCUUCUUUUUUUACACGCUCCGCGCACGAACACACAUACAGCGCGCGGAUCUGGAUGUUGAACAGAUAAAACAGGAGUCGAAGAAGAAGACGCGGUUAUAUAACCAGAAGCGGCGCGUGAGUGAGUGAGGGAGGGAGUAAGUGAGUGAGUGAGGGCUCGAGCGUUACUCUCAGGCGCGCGCGAGAGUCAUUGAUAAACGCGCAGGCAUUUCUGAGCGCACGCGCAUGAAUGGACGGAGCGCGUCUCGUCUCCAAGAUCCAUUAAUACGAAUCGGAUUUUUUUUUUCUUCCUCUUUUAAUCAGCACUUGUCGAGGGUGCGUGUGCGUAUUAUUGUUGUUGUUUAAAAAACAACAACAACAACAUUAUUAUUGUUAUUGUACCGAGCAAUGAGCGCGCGCUCCGGCCUGGCCUGCUGAAAGCCCCGACGCGGCCCUGCGCACCCACGACGCUCCGCGAAACCCCAGAACGGAAACCCCGAUGCUCGACAAGUUCCGCCCCGCGCAGCCCGACACGGCGAUGGCGAUCAGCAAGAGCGUCGCGUGGCUCCGCGAGCAGCUCGAGACGCGCCGCGAGCGCCUGCUCGUCAUGGACUGCCGCGCGCGCGAGCUCUACGACUCGUCGCACGUCGCGGCGGCGAUCAACGUGGCGAUCCCGAGCCUCAUGCUGCGGCGGCUCAAGAAGGGCAACCUGCCCGUCAAGUCCCUGCUCUCGGACGGGCAGGACCGCGAGAGGUUCGCGCGCCGCUGCAGAACCGACACCAUCGUGCUGUACGACGAGUGCAGUCGGGAGUGGAACGAGAACGUGGACGGAGGCUCGGUGCUCGGCUUGCUGCUGCGCAGGAUGAAGGACGAGGGCUACAAAGCCUUUUACCUCGAAGGUGGUUUCAGCAAGUUCCAGGCUGAGUGUUCGUCUCUCUGCGAGACCAACCUGGACGGCUCGUGCAGCGGGAGCGGGUCCCCGACGUCACACGUCCUGGGCCUCGGCGGCCUGCGCAUCAGCUCCGAUUCAUCGGACAUCGAGUCCGAUGUGGACCGCGAGCCCGGCAGCGCCACCGAUUCGGAUGGCAGCCCGGCGUCCAACCCACAGCCGUCCUUCCCAGUCGAGAUCCUGCCGCACCUUUACCUGGGCUGCGCCAAGGACUCCACCAACCUGGACGUGCUGGAGGAGUUCGGCAUCAAGUACAUCCUGAACGUGACCCCAAACCUGCCCAACCUUUUCGAGAACGCAGGAGAGUUUAAGUACAAACAGAUCCCUAUAUCGGACCACUGGAGCCAGAACCUGUCGCAGUUCUUCCCAGAGGCCAUCAGCUUCAUCGACGAGGCUCGAGGUCAGAAGUGUGGCGUCCUGGUGCACUGCCUUGCCGGUAUCAGCCGCUCUGUCACGGUGACCGUGGCCUACCUGAUGCAGAAGCUCAACCUGUCCAUGAACGACGCCUACGACAUCGUCAAGAUGAAAAAAUCAAACAUCUCGCCCAACUUUAACUUCAUGGGCCAGCUGUUGGACUUUGAGCGCACACUGGGACUUCAGAGCCCGUGCGACAACCGGGCCACGGCGCCGUCGCAGCCGCUGUACUUCAGCACGCCCACCAAUCACAACGUCUUCCAGCUCGACCCGCUCGAGUCCACGUGAGACGCCGGGUGCACCUGCAAAAGGUGCUUGACCAUCCCAAUGUGGCUUUCUGUCUUUUUCCUCUCUCAAACAGAGGAGGGUUUUCCGGACGAUUUUUGACGCAGCUGGCGUGAGAUGCCGACUGUCGUGAGUUAGCCGAUGACGCGCCAACGCGCUUUGGCCUGAAGCGGAAAGGCAGCUGCUGUAUUAUUGGGACGGAGAAACGCAGCUCUGUAUCUCUCUCAGACUCUGUAAGGUAGUUCCUGCUUUCUAUCUUCGUACUCAAGCAUGUGAAGACUGUCCAAAUGAGGAACUUCUGGCGUGCCAAAGAGACUGGAAUUGGACAGUUUUAAAAAACAAAACAAAAAAGCAACUAGAGACUUGUUCUGUUUCAGUUUGUUUUUUCUAGCACUUGCACCUUCACAUUUUUUCGGGUGUGCUCUUCUUGUCUUCAGUGAAGACUUGCCUGUUUUUGGGGAUUUAACAAAACAUUACAGACACCCUCGUUGACGAUGGCACAGUACAGUGUACUCCAGUUUGUUUGUGUGGAGACACUUUUGAAUCGUUUAUACGUGUGUAUAUUAAUGACAUUAUUAUAGCCACGGUAUACCUGUUAUGAAAAAAUUAACAGGCACCGAAUCUUUUUUUGUUUGUUUGUUUCCGUAUGUCAUCUAAACUGAAUAUUGAUCAAUAUUAUCUAUGAGUUAAAUGCCAAAAAAGAAACUGAAUAGAUUUUGUGAGAUCACAAAUGUGUAUAAUGUAAUAUAUUUCUUUUUUUUUCCUUUGCUUUAUGAACGAGCCUUUAUGAAUCAGCCUUUCCUUAAGCAUCUUCCCACCCUCUGAGAGUCACCUUGUUGCCCCGGCCUUAGACCUUCUGUACAUAUGAGUAUCGUUGUGCGUUAACUGCUCCAAGCGGUUAAUGCAUCAUUAAACUUCUCUGUCACCUGCUGUCAGAGCUAUAAACUGUCAGCACAUUCAGAAAGUAUUGUGCAAACUCGUAUCAGUAUAUGUUCGAGUCCCGAAUAUGGCUGCAUGCUCACAACGAAUCUAGAAACAGGACGCCUUUAUAACAAAUUGUUUUGUCUAACGUCAAGAAUAAUGGAAAAUUGAAGCGGGUGCUGGGUUUUUUUUUUUUGUUUGUUUUGUGCGAUUCGAGGUCUCUGAAAUGUCGACGAUGCGGAAGACGUUCCUACGCCACCGCUCUUCAGGGAAAUUCUGUGAAAUGCAAUUUAGUUGUCUGACACGGAUUUUACAAAUUUUAAGCAAAGGCCUGUUCUGAAGGAGGAAGGUUCCACUUUGGGCCCCGUCCUUCCAACCCUACGAAUGUAAAGAGAUGAUAAGUUAUUAAUAAAUUGCUAUUUUGUCUAUUCAAA